UGCAUUUCCCAAAUUCAAUUAUUCUCUCUACACCACUAAAACCCUCACUUUCCUCACUCCUAAAAAACAAAAGCACAGAAAAAUCCAAAAUCAAUUCAAAUUUCAUCAGCAAAAAUGCGUGAGAUUUUGCAUAUUCAAGGAGGCCAGUGCGGGAACCAAAUCGGAGCCAAGUUUUGGGAAGUUAUCUGUGCCGAACACGGCAUUGAUUCCACCGGAAGGUAUGCAGGAGACAAUGAUCUUCAACUGGAGCGGUUGAAUGUUUACUAUAACGAAGCGAGUUGUGGAAGGUUUGUUCCACGCGCCGUCCUCAUGGAUUUGGAGCCUGGAACUAUGGAUAGUGUCAGAUCUGGGCCAUAUGGUCAGAUUUUCCGGCCCGAUAACUUUGUUUUUGGACAGUCUGGUGCCGGUAAUAACUGGGCCAAGGGUCACUACACUGAGGGAGCCGAGCUUAUUGAUUCGGUUCUCGAUGUUGUGAGGAAGGAGGCUGAAAACUGUGACUGUUUACAAGGUUUCCAGGUUUGUCACUCUUUGGGAGGUGGAACUGGAUCAGGAAUGGGAACUCUCCUUAUUUCAAAGAUCAGGGAGGAGUACCCAGAUAGAAUGAUGCUUACCUUCUCUGUUUUCCCUUCCCCCAAGGUUUCAGACACAGUUGUUGAGCCCUAUAAUGCUACUCUCUCUGUUCACCAGCUUGUUGAGAAUGCUGAUGAGUGUAUGGUGUUGGAUAAUGAAGCUCUUUAUGACAUUUGCUUCCGCACUCUCAAACUUACUACACCGAGCUUUGGAGACCUAAACCAUUUGAUUUCUGCCACCAUGAGUGGUGUAACUUGCUGUCUCCGCUUCCCUGGUCAACUCAACUCUGAUCUCCGCAAGCUUGCUGUUAACCUCAUCCCAUUCCCCCGGUUGCAUUUCUUCAUGGUCGGAUUUGCUCCACUCACAUCUCGUGGGUCGCAACAAUAUCGGGCCUUGACUGUUCCAGAGCUAACACAGCAGAUGUGGGAUGCAAAAAAUAUGAUGUGCGCUGCUGAUCCUCGUCAUGGUCGAUAUUUGACUGCUUCAGCUAUGUUUCGUGGAAAAAUGAGCACCAAGGAAGUUGACGAACAGAUGAUAAAUGUGCAGAACAAGAACUCUUCAUAUUUUGUGGAGUGGAUCCCUAACAACGUAAAGUCAACAGUAUGUGACAUCCCUCCAACUGGUCUGAAGAUGGCCUCAACUUUCAUUGGUAAUUCCACCUCAAUUCAGGAGAUGUUCCGCAGGGUUAGUGAGCAGUUCACAGCUAUGUUCCGCAGAAAGGCUUUCUUGCAUUGGUACACUGGAGAAGGGAUGGAUGAAAUGGAGUUUACUGAGGCUGAAAGCAACAUGAAUGAUUUAGUUUCUGAGUACCAGCAAUAUCAAGACGCAACAGCUGAGGAGGAAGGUUAUGACUAUGAAGAUGAGGAGGAAGUUCAUCAAGAAGCUUAAGGAACUCAAGUUGUGAAGUAUAUCCAGUGCAGUUAUGUAGUAGUGGCUGUCAAGUUUUCUAUUUGUGUUUGGGAUAUUGGAGUGCUAUGCUGUUUGGCCACCGUGGUGGCACAGUUACUGAUUCCUUUGCGUUGUAGUUAAUACUGCUAUACAUACCUAUUAGUAUAUUGAAAUCUUAUGGAUAACAUGUUUAGGUCCUUGAUUUGAAAUAUCUUGGAAGGGGAAGAUGGCUUAUUUCUUAAGCAAUAUAUGUUUUGUGCUUUAAUUUUGA